UGAGGCCGGCGCUCGGCGGCUCCUGCGCCUGCGCGAAGAUGGUGGAGGAGCGCGUCCGCGUGGUUCGCUGCGGCGGCAGCCGGCUGAACUUCAGGAGAGCCGUGUUCUCGGCGGACUCUAAGUAUAUCUUCUGUGUCUCCGGGGACUUCAUCAAGGUGUAUAGCAGUACCACCGAAGAGUGUGUGCACGUUCUCCAUGGGCACAAAAACCUGGUGUCGGGAAUUCUCCUCAACCCCAACAACCAUCUGCAGCUCUACUCUUGUUCCUUUGAUGGCACAAUUAAGCUAUGGGACUAUCUCGAUGGCAUUUUGAUAAAGACGUUCACCGUUGGACCUAAGCUCCAUGCCCUGUACAUUCCUCCCAACGCCGAAGACUCCGUCUUCCUCACAAUCCUUAAAGAAGACCCAGACGUAUUUCAGCUGGUUUCCGUGAAACUGCCCAAGUCAUCAAGCCAGAACGUGGAAGCUAGGGAGCGAACCUUUGUUUUGGAUUAUGUAAACCGGUCACCCAAGUGCAUUGACUUCGGAAAUGAGGGAGAAUAUAUCGCCGCGGUGCGGGACUUCUACUUAUCCGUUUACUUUCUCAAAAAGAAAAAGACAUGCAACUUUACGUUACCAUCAACCAAAAAUAAGAAGAACGCUAAGAACAGGUUCACCUGUGUCGCCUGCCAUCCAAAUGAAGACUGUAUCGCAUCCGGCCACAUGGAUGGCAAGAUCCGGCUUUGGCGGAAUUUUCAUGACGAAAAGCAGUAUACAUACACCUGUUUACAUUGGCACCACGAUUUGGUGAUGGAUUUGGCCUUUACAGUGUCAGGCAGCAGUCUGCUGAGUGGCGGGCGCGAGUGCGUGCUGGUCGAGUGGCGGGACGGAGCAGAGAAGAACAAGGAGUUUCUGCCUCGCCUGGGCUCGACGAUCGAGCACAUCUCUGUCUCCCCUGCAGGAGAUUUGUUCUGCACGUCUCACUCUGACAACAAGAUAACUGUUAUCCAACGAAACCUCGACGCACGCGCAGUAAUCCAAGGCCUAGUAAAAGAUAGGAGCAUAUCCACUGGCUUGAUGGUCGACCCGAAAACCAAGGCCUUAGUUUUGAAUGGAAAGCCUGGUCACCUGCAGUUUUACUCUCUCCAGAGUGAUAAGCAGCUGUAUAAUUUAGACAUCAUCCAGCAAGAGUACAUCAAUGACGACGGGCUGAUCCAGAUCGAGCUAAAGAAGGCCGCCUUUAGCCACUCCGGCACGUGGCUGGCCACAGUCGAACAACGGCAAGAAAACCCAUCUGAGCUGGAAAUGCAGAUGAAGCUGUGGGUUUUCAGCAAGAAGACCCAAGGGUUCUCUCUUAACACCAAGAUCGCCAUGCCUCAUGACGACCACAUCACAGCUCUCUGUUUCAAUAAUGCCGAGAACUAUGAAAGACCCAUGCUGGUCACAGCUAGCAGAGACGGCCACUUCAAAGUGUGGGUGUUAGCCGAUGACUCCGAUAUAUACAAAAAAGCCAUCGGCUGGACUUGUGACUUCGUGGGCAGUUAUCACAAGUACCAAGCAACCAACUGCUGUUUCUCGGAAGACAGCUCCUUGCUAGCAGUUAGCUUUGAAGAAAUAGUUACAGUAUGGGAUUCAGAAACAUGGGAACUAAAGUGUACGUUUUGCCAACGAGCUGGGAAAAUAAGGCACCUGUGCUUUGGAAGAUUGACAUGCUCCAAGUACCUUCUCGGCACAACUGAGAAUGCCAUUCUGUGCUGCUGGAACCUGCUCAGCUGUUCAUUGCAGUGGAGCGCGAAAUUAAACGUUAGCGUUUUGGAAGCCGACCCCUACUCAGACCACGUUGCUGCGGUGUCGCAGUCUGCAGCGGGCUCAGACUUGUUCGUCUUUAAGCCGAGCGAGCCCAGGCCGCUGUAUGUUCAGAGGACCAUCUCCAGAGAGGAAGUCCAGUGGGGCGUGUUCGUGCCUCGCGACGUCCCGGAGUCCUUCACCUCGGAAGCUCACCAGUGGCUGAACAGGUCCCAGUUUUACUUCCUAACGCAGUCACAGUGUUUAUUAACCUUCAGUACAAAGUCUCCGGAAGAGAAACUCACGCCAACAAGCAAACAGCUGCUGGCAGAAGAAAGUCUGCCCACGACCCCGUUUUCUCUUCUGUUGGGAAAACACAGGCGGCAGCAGGAUACGAGAUCCAGUGAGACCUCAGAGAACGAGCUGGUACAACUCCCCUUAACGGAGAACAUCCCUGCAAUUAAUGAGCUCCUCCACACCCCGGCCCACGUCCUGCCGUCGGCUUCUUUCCUGUGCUCUCUGUUUGUGAGCUCGUUGCUGCUGUCUAAAGAGACUGAAAGUGCUGAAGAACUUCCCGAUGUAGACAUGGAAGAGAACAAAGAAAGUGACGAUUCAGACGAAGAAAACGAUCUUACCGAAAAAGCCCAGGAGACACAUAACACGGAUCUGAGGGACGAUGUCAUACAUCAGCUGUCAAAACGUGAAGAGAAAGAGCUGAGAAAGUUCAGAAAAGUAGACUACAGCUGGCUCGCAGCUCUGUAGGCCAAGGCUGUGGACACUACAGAGACAUGUUGGACUUAGGUUUUACCCCCUGUUAAUACUCAAACUCUUAAAGUUAUUUUUAAGACGAAAUAUUAAAAGUCUUUUCUUUCU